AUGCCGGGUUACUACCCGUUGACAUUGAUAGAACGAGAAAACGGCCUUUCGAUUGAGUUCAAUAGUUCUUUAGAUCAAGAAGUAAAUCGAGCGAUAGCGAUCAUGAGCAGCGGCGGCAACGGCACGAGCUCGGAUCCGUACUACUUUCCCGGCGGUUCGCAGGGGCGGAUAACCGGCUUCGGCUUCGGCGUUGGCAUCUUCGCCGGCAUCUUGGUCCUCGUCGGCACCAUCACCCUCAUGUCGUUCUUCUGCCUGCGGACCUCCCAUGACGGCGGGGACACGGCGCCGCAGUCGCGCCGGCGGCGUCGGCCGGAGGAGGCGGCCGUUCCGGACGUGGAGGCGGCAGGGCUCGACGAGGAGACGCUGGGGAGUUACCCGAAGGUGACGCACGAGGAGGCGAUGAGAGCCACGUCGGCGACGAGGACGACGGCGUCAUGCUGCUCGAUUUGCCUGGCGGACUAUCGCGACGCCGACGUGGUCCGGCUGCUGCCGGAGUGUGGACACCUGUUCCACGUCGACUGCGUGGAUCCGUGGUUGCGGGCGCGGUCGACGUGCCCCGUCUGCCGGGCGUCGCCGGCGCCGAGCCCGAUGCCAACGCCGCUCGCCGAGGUCGUUCCGCUGGCGAUGGCACGGCGGCCGGAUCAAUAA